AGGCCUCUUCUGGGUUCUGAGCUUCUUGCCGACCAAGCAGCCUUCCUUGAAGAUGGGUAUUGUCUGUCUCCUCACAACUACAACAAUAGAUUCACGUGCCCGAUGAUAGCUGCUACUCCUCGACGAGGCAUUCACAAUCAACAGCUCAGCUCAUGGAUUUAUACCCCUAUCUCGGACGUCCAUGAGGUACGAAGUUGGUCCGAGGAAGUCCUCACCGUCCAACUCGAUACUCCGACCGCCCCUUCUUCGAUGGUGAAGAAACUGAACUCUAGCAGACUCCCAUAUGUUCUGCCAGACGGACGGAAGCUAUUCUUGCGAGUGUAUCUAAUACGUCCCGUCACCGCAUUGAACGUGUUCGGUAUCUUUCUCCACGGAACACAUGCGCUCAUGGAUGCAAGACCGACACUUAACCUAUUUCAUUUGAUGCUCGAGUACAUGUCUCUACCCCAAGCAAUCAGUAUUGCAGACCUUCCUUGGGGUACAGAGUACAAGAGCCUUCCGCCCGGUCCGAUGACCGCAACAGGGGGACGAAGAAAGGAAUGGGCUUCUGAGGGACAAGACCUCCUGCAGAAGGUCGCAAAGAUGUACACACAUCCAUACCCUGGGAAUAUAGUCGAGAGUAGAACGGCCUCAAUUGCCGACAAUGACUUGUCACAGAGGCUAGCGGUGAAGCUUACCGGUAUCGAGACCUCCCGGAUCCUUCAGACCCUGAAAGACCUGGGAUAUUCCUUCACUCAUCUCUUAGAAGCUGCAGUCGCUCUUGCUACAUUCACACUCCGGCCCAUACCCGCAGAAUGCAGCUCGAUCGCCCAUGUCACAUAUGAUAGUGCAACUAUUUCUACGACUGGACGUCUAUGUCCAGAAUAUGAAACGAAAUCCCGGUUCCUCUCGUCCUUCGUCUUCGUCCCCAUCAGGAUCAAUUGGAGCGAGCUAUCAGAGCUCAAAGGGAGAGCUCAGGUAAUCCAAGCAAUGAAGCAGUCGAAAGCCCAGUAUUCCGCCUAUCUGGCAAACCCGUGUCUUGUGCAGCUCACGGCAGAGCAGAUGCGGUUAAGUCCUCCGCAGCAGGAUAUCGUUAGGGGCUCACCCAACGCUCCGGUUGUCGUCAAUCUUGGACGUGUCGAGGAUUACCUUGCUAGCUCUUGGCCCAGUAGCCAGUCCUCGUCAGCUUGUCCGCUCUUCAGAAUAGAUGACUUCUUCCUUGGACUUCGAUCAACGCAUACUCACCCGUAA